AUGCUGUGCCAGAGGCGCAUGCAGGUGGUGCUGGCCCUGUGCCUGCUGCUGGUCCUGUGGCAAUGCUUCCAAGCCCCCAGGGAUGGCAUCGGCCCCUUCACUCAGGCUCCCUCCCUCCUUGAUGCCCCUGCUGCCUGCCUCACCGCCAGCACCAACGGCUCCGCGUGGUUCAAUGCCCGCUACAACCUGACCACGGGGCCUCUGCUGACAGGCACAGCCCAUGAGCUCUCCUCCGACGUGGUUCAGUGGUGGCUGACACUGCAGGGUCGCUCAAGGGUUGUCCAGCUCCAGGCCAUACUUCGGCAGCUCUUCACUGUGCUCCAGGCUCCAAGUGGCAACGUGUGGGACUCGAAUCACCGCAGGACCUGUGCGGUGGUGGGGAACUCCGGGCGGCUCAAGGGCUCUGGCCAUGGGUUGCGGAUUGAUGCUCACGACUGGGUGCUGAGGAUGAACAGGGCAAAGAUUGCUGGCUUUGAGCAGGAUGUUGGCAUGAGAACAACCCAUCACUUCAUGUACCCAGAGAGCGCAGUGAACCUUGAGCCUGGCGUCCACCUCGUCCUCGUCCCCUUCAAGCCACUGGACCUGCAGUGGGUGGCCAGCGCCUUCUCCACUGGAGAGCUCACACACACAUACACGAAAGUGAAACAGUUCAUCAAAGCUGACAGGAACAAGGUGCUGAUCCUGAGCCCAGCUUUCCUCAAGUACAUCCAUGACAACUGGACACAGCACCACGGGCGAUACCCGUCCACCGGCUUCACGGCCCUGCUCUUCGCCCUGCAUGCCUGCCAGCAGGUCUCCGUGUUUGGCUUCGGAGCAGACACCAAAGGGAAUUGGCACCACUACUGGGAGAAAAACCGCUGGUCCGGAGCCUUCCGCAGGACGAGGGUCCACGACGCUGACGUCGAAUUCAGCCUCAUCGAGAGACUGGCAGCUGAAGGCAGGAUUUUAUUCUACAGAUGA